ACUAUCUCAUUAAUUAGAAUGGACGGAGUAUAUAUAAACCAAACACGUAUAAAAAGCCAGACAGCAGCUGUGAGCGAUCCUGCUAGUAUUCCAACAGAUCCAUGGAAUGCCCAACCAACGCAUGAAUGUCUUUUUCUGGCUAAAUAUCGUGUCGGGCUUAUAAUAGUAGAAUUUUCUUAGCUGAGUGACAGAUAGGAUUCCUUUACUCGUGUUGUAUUUAGCCUCCGUGUUGACAGUGUUGUGAGUCUGUAAACGAUUGUUUUACUCAUCUUUUUA